AACCUGGCCACAAGUUUCCAUGGAGAAAGCAAUUCACAUAGCAGUUGUUCCUGGUCCUGGCUUCAGCCACUUAGUCCCUAUUCUCCAAUUCUCCAAGAGACUGGUUCAGCUCCAUCCACAAUUUCAUGUCACAUGCAUAAUUCCCACUCUUGGGUCCCCUUCAAGUGCCUCAAAAAUCUUCCUUGAAACUCUUCCACCAAACAUCAACCACACUUUUCUUCCACCAGUGAAACCUGAGGACCUACCUCAAGGUGCUGCCACAGAGACCCAAAUUCAGUUCACAGUGACUCUCUCUCUUCCCUCAAUACACCAAACCUUGAAGUCCUUAAUUUCUAGCACCCCCUUUGUGGCCCUUGUGGCUGAUGCUUUUGCCUUUGAAGCACUAGACUUUGCUAAAGAGUUCAACUUGUUGUCUUAUAUUUACCUUCCUACAUCAGCAACUACACUUUCUUGGUAUUUCUAUGUGACUGAGUUGGACAAGGAAACAUCAUGUGAGUACAGAGAUUUGCCACAACCUAUUAGAAUACCAGGUUGUGUGCCACUUCAUGGAAGGGAUCUCAAUAACCAAGCUCAAGAUCGAUCAAGUGAAGUUUACAAACUCUUUCUCCAACGUGUUCAAAGAUUCCAUUUAGUUGAUGGGAUUUUUGUUAAUAGUUUCCUAGAAUUGGAAACAGGUCCUAUAAAAACAUUGAAAGAGGAGGGUAAGGGAUACCCUUUUGUGCAUCCUGUUGGACCCAUUAUCCAAACGGGAGCAGGUUUUGGUAGUGAUGCAAAUGCUAUAGAGUGUCUUGCAUGGUUGGAUAAACAACCACCUUGUUCAGUUUUGUUUGUUUCUUUUGGGAGCGGUGGAACAUUGUCACACGAACAAAUGAUUGAGCUUGCUUAUGGUUUGGAAUUGAGUCAUCAUAAGUUCUUGUGGGUUGUGAGAGAACCAAGUAGUUUAGCCAGUGAUGCAUAUCUUCGCGCGAAAUGUGAUGGUGAUCCAUUGCAAUUCUUGCCAUUUGGGUUUCUGGAGAGGACCAAAGAGCAAGGUAUGGUUGUUCCUUCAUGGGCACCUCAGGUUCAAGUGCUUGGUCAUAGUUCAACAGGGGGAUUCUUGAGUCACUGUGGCUGGAAUUCAACUCUUGAGAGUGUGUUGCAAGGUGUGCCAAUGAUCACCUGGCCUCUGUUUGCUGAGCAGAGAAUGAAUGCGGUUUUGCUAUGUGAUGGCCUCAAAGUGGGAGUGAGGCCAAGAGUUCAUGAAAAUGGGUUGGUGGAAAGGAUGGAAAUUGCUGAGGUGAUAAAGGGUCUAAUGGAUGGGGAAAAGGGUGUGACAAUGCGUGAAAGAAUGAAGGAAUUGAAAGAAGCUGCUACUAAUGCAAUCAAAGAAGAUGGAUCUUCUACAAAGACCCUUUCUCAAUUAGCACUAAAGUGGGAAAAUUUGGUAUAAAGAAACAUGUUUUGUGGAGUAUGGUAAGGGUAUUUGCUUUAUUGCCUUUCUUGCUUUUCUGGUUUCUAAUGACAGCUAGUCACUCUGUGAUUCCUGGCACCAAUGAAUGUUAUAUGUGAAAUUCUGAUCCAGAAUGC